AUAAAACCCUUUGUAUCAUCUUUUCCUCCGAACCCUCUCUUUCAUACAAAAAACCCUUCACGAGAGAAAUCAAAAUCCCUCAAUUUCUCGGAAGAAGCUGUUAUGCUUCUUCUUUCUAGGGUUUUUCUAGGGUUGCAAAUUCCAGUCGAAGACAGAGAAGGGCACGGAGAAUACGAACAGUCCAUGCCCUUUUUCUAGGGUUUCAAAGAUCUAUAUAUAUAGAGAGAGAGGGGGGGGGAGAAGGAGAGAGAGAGAGAGAGUAGAGAGACAGAAAUGCAGACGGAAGCUCGGGUCGGAGUCGUAGUCGGCGGUGGCGAAGGCGGAGGAGGACAGAGAGCUCUGAAUUCCGUCCAUGGAGCGGCAGCUGUUGAUAGCGGCAUACGUAAAUACUCGCAGCAGCAUCAGCAGCAGCAGCAGCAGCAACAACGGCAGCAAUCGCUGCACCAGCAGUCGCAGAUCGGGACGGUCUCGCAGCUCCUGGCGGGAGGCAUUGCGGGGGCUGUCAGCAAGACUUGCACGGCCCCGCUUGCUCGCCUCACCAUCCUCUUCCAGGUACAAGGCAUGCACUCUGAUGUUGCGACAUUGCGGAAGGCUAGCAUAUGGCGUGAGGCUUCACGUAUUGCGUAUGAAGAAGGGUUUAGAGCGUUCUGGAAAGGGAAUUUGGUUACAAUUGCACAUCGUCUUCCCUAUUCUUCAAUAAGUUUUUAUGCUUAUGACCGCUACAAGAAUUUACUACAGUUGAUCCCUGUACUGGACAGGCAUCAAGACAAUGUCAGCGCAGAUCUUUGUGUACGACUCAUAGGUGGUGGUUUGUCAGGGAUAACAGCUGCAUCUAUUACAUACCCACUGGAUCUUGUGCGGACCCGGCUUGCAGCUCAGAGAAAUGUGAUGUAUUAUAGAGGCAUUUCACAUGCGCUCCGUACCAUUUGCAGAGAUGAGGGUAUUAAGGGGCUGUAUAAAGGUCUUGGGGCUACAUUGUUGGGGGUUGGACCUAGUAUAGCAAUCAGCUUUUCCGUGUAUGAAACCCUGAGAUCUUCUUGGCAGAUGCAGAGGCCGCAUGAUUCCACUGUCCUAGUUAGCUUAGCAUGUGGCAGUCUUUCGGGCGUUGCAUCAUCAACAGCAACGUUCCCUCUGGACCUUGUGCGGCGGCGGAUGCAGUUGGAAGGUGUCGGUGGCCGAGCUCGAGUCUACAAAUCAGGCCUUUUUGGGACAUUCAGGCAUAUAAUCCGGACUGAAGGCUUCCGUGGCUUGUAUAGGGGAAUUCUGCCUGAGUACUACAAAGUCGUUCCCAGUGUCGGCAUAGUCUUCAUGACAUACGAGUCAGUCAAGAUGCUUCUUUCUGAGAUGCCUGCUGAUGAGUAGCAGCGCUUCCUCUUUGGCUUGCUGUAGUUUCAGGUCCGUCACACCUGCCAUUUAUGACUGUGGUUGGGAUUUUUAAUAGGAAGGUAGAUGAGUUUUUGUAGCAUUCCAAGGAAUCAUCCCAUGGUGGUAAGUUUUGCCAUUGCCGCCGUGAAAGAAAACCGUAUUUUCUCCAAUGUAUAGAUAGAAGCAUUGAAUCUCAAGUGUAAUCCAUAGUGCUUAUUAGUGCUCACAAUCACUAUUCAUUUAUGAUCAUUGUCAUCUUUUAACA